AUGCUUCUCCCAAGCCUCUUCCACUCAAAAUUCUCCCUUCGAGCCCUCUUUCUCAUCUUCGUCCUCCUAACCCACCAUACGGCAAGCUACACCAUCCCUCAACGCUCACAAGCCUCUGUUAGUUUUUCUGAACUCGCUUACAAUGACGAUAACCAUCCAACUCCCAAGCCACCAGUCCACUUCGCAGUCCUCCUCCCGCGAGGCUUCUCCGCCCUAGACGUCUUCGGCCCCCUCGAAGUCUUCCAAGCCCUGUCCCGAACAGGCCCCAAUUCCCCUCAGCUUCGUCUCUCAUUCCUAGCCAGGUCUCUCAACGAACCGGUGACGACAGAGCCCCCGUUCCAAGUCAUCCCCAAUAACCUUAGCCCCAAAAACAACGAUAACAGCGAUCCGUAUCUGCAUCCAAAGUCAACAGACAACUCAACCUCAACUUUCCCCCUCCCUCCACGUGGCUUUCACGCCCGCCUCCUCCCCACCCACACCUACUCAGUCCCUCCCCAGUCCAUAGACGUGCUCCUCGUCCCCGGCGGCGCCGCCGCCCGGUCUCCGGACCUCGGGACAGAGAUUGAGUUUAUUCGUGCUGUCUUCCCAAAGUUACAGUAUCUCAUUACAAUCUGCACCGGCGCAGGGAUAGCCGCACAAGCAGGGGUGUUGGAUGGACGACGGGCGACAACGAAUAAGGCUGCUUGGGGGGUUAUCACAGCUAUGGGGAGGGAGGUGAGGUGGGUCUCACCAGCGAGAUGGGUUGACGACGGGAAGGUAACAGCUGGCAUUGACCUCGCCUUCGCCUUCAUCAAAGCCAAGUACCCCAACGGCACAGCCAUCGCUGAGGAUAUUGCUGGCCAUCUGGAGCACACGAUCAUUGAUGACUGGAGGGAUGAUCCGUGGGCGGAUUAUUAUGGCGUGCCGCCACAGAAUUAG